UCCUCACUCGGCUUCCUGGACUACUGGACGACACACCUGGGCCCCUGAUGUGCGUCGCGCACGCAACGGGAAAUAUGUUAUGUACUACAGCGGCGAGGUAGCUGAGGAUUCGGCUCAUCACUGCAUCGGCGCGGCAGUAGCAGACGAAAUCACCGGUCCAUAUAUACCCGAGGAGGAGCCUUUUGCUUGCGACCUCUCAGCCGGUGGCUCUAUCGAUGCGUCCGGAUUCCAAGACGACGACGGCAAACAAUAUGUACUUUAUAAGAUCGACGGAAAUAGUGUCGGCCAUGGCGGAAGCUGCAGCAACACUAAAAAGCCGAUCGUACCAACGCCUAUCAUGCUCCAGGAAGUCGAAGAGGAUGGUGUGACAAAAGUUGGCGAGCCCGUCCAAAUUUUCAACCGCAGCGACGAGGAUGGUCCAUUAGUGGAAGCACCGAGCAUGUUACGUAUGGACAAUGGGCUAUACAUCCUGUUCUUCAGCAGCGGUUGCUACUUAGAGCCGAGCUACAACGUGAACUACGCGACGUCGACAAGCCUGAAGGGGCCAUUUCAACGAGCUCAGCGCCCGAUAAUAAAAUCAGGGGAGUACACGUUGCAGGCACCCGGUGGCGCCACUGCAGUGCACGUUGGGGAUAAAGUUGGGAUCGCUUUCCACGCAGACUGCCAACAAGGGAGAUGUAUGCACACAUCACACACGGUUGUCGAUGGUCGGGAAGUAAGAGUACUGAUGUAGGCCACUCGACAAUUUAUCGUCCCAUAUUUCCGCGAACACGAUGUUAAAAGGAGGGGCUGUGUUGGACUGGCGCAAAGUCUUGAUGCAACUUUUCUUUAAUAACCAAGUGAGAGUAACCACACAAGGGGAAACUCGAGGUCAGAUGUUGGAAUAUGGCUCAGUUGAUGCUUCUCGCGCCUAUGCUGCUCACAACGCUCUUUAGAUUAGGGAUAGACUUGGAAUAUUUUGUAUUGAUUUUUUGAUUUUUUUUCUUGGAUUCUGGAUAGAGGGUAAAUGAUACCAAAGCGGAUAGACCCUAUAUAAGCGUAGUAAAUCAGUAAUAUCACAGGUUCCUUUGGACUACACGCGCAUCCCGCUUUUUACCUCGGUGAAUCGUGAGUAGAUAGAUAAUAUGAAAUUUGAGAAGUUCUUCAGAG